AGAACCGAUGCAAAUAAACACGGUAAUUAUUUAAAAAGUGGUUUGGCGUUUAUAACCAAGACCAGAUUGUUUUGCGCUUUGAUUGAUUUUUUUUCUAUUAUUGUUGAAUUUAUCGAUAACUGCGGUGAGCUUGAUUAGUGGUGAGUGUUUCUUGAAGGGUUCGAACUAAUAAUAAUUGGCUGUCGCACAUUACUUGUUUAUUCUUACUCGAUCAUUAAGACUAGACAUGAUUGUAUAAUUAUUUUGAGUUGUUGUUGACUUUUUAAAAUGCUGGCAGUAGAAGAAAGUUUGACGGACAAUGAUUGUGAUAACAAUUGUGAAGGGAAGAAUUUAGUGGAAGUAUAUAAACCUACAGUAAUUCAAAAUGGUAAUAGGGACUCGCUUUUGAUAGGGGAUCAAACGAAAAAAUGGCACUGGUUUUUGGAUGCUGCUGUAUUUACGGCUACCAUACCACUUCUGGCCGCAGGACUAGGAAUGUCAUGGCCAUCACCGGUAAUACCAAAACUUUUAAGUGAAGAAAGCCCUUUUGGUCGACCCAUUACCACUACUGAAGAAGCUUGGAUAGCUGCGUUCACUCCCUUGGGCUCUGCUAUAGGGCCUUUAGCUGCAGGAUACUAUGCUGAUAAGUUUGGAAGAAAAAAAGCCCUUAUAGCUUCCGCUGUACCAAUGAUUAUAGGGUUUCUGAUUACUGCUUUUGCUAAGCAAGUUGAAUUGUAUUAUGUUGCAAGGUUCCUGGUCGGUAUUGGCACAGGCAGCGCCUUCACCGUAGUACCAAUGUACAUUGGAGAAAUUGCCCAAACCCACAACAGAGGCAAAUAUGGCAGCUCGGCAGGAAUCUUAAUUACUAUAGGCUGUACCUAUCCUUUUUCAGUAGGUCCUUAUUUGUCAAUAACAAUAUUUUCAAUUACUUGCGCUGUACCGUUAUGUUUAUUUAUAAUAGUAUUUACUGUUUUUAUGCCCGAGUCGCCCUAUUAUCUGGCUGCUCUUGGUGACUACGACCAAGCUGAUAAGGCUUUGAGAAAAUUAAGACACAAAGGGAGUGAUAUAAGGGCAGAACUAACAGAAAUAAAACAAGGUAUUGAAGAACAAAAUCAAAAUUCUGCUGGAAUCAAAGAUUUGUUUAUGGCCCCUGCGGGAAGGAAGGCUUUGUAUAUUUCUGUUCUUUUAGUAUCUCUCCAGCAAUUAGCUGGAAUAUCUCCACUUUUGUCCUACUUGAAACCAAUAUAUUUGGCUGCUGGUACUUCCAUUUCACCCAACAUCAGUACUCUUAUCACAGGAGCUGUACAAAUUAGUUCAAAUACAGCUUGCAUUUUCAUGGUAGAACGUUUAGGCCGCAAAUUUCUAAUUUUGAAUUGCUGCGUGUUCUGCUUUUUAUCUAUGACUGCUUUGGGAGUCUAUUUCUACCUCAAAGACCACAAUUAUGAUGUAGUGCCAAUUUUCUGGCUACCAAUCACCUGCGUCCUCAUUUACAUGGUAACCUUUAGUUGUGGAUUAGGUCCCUUACCAUGGGCAGUUAUGGGGGAAAUUUUGCCAUCGAACGUCAAAGGCCUUGCAGCUGCAUUAACAACCACGAUGUCAUUUGUGACAGCUUGUUUGGUAACUUUUCUAUUCCCCAUUGUCAAUGAGGCCUUGGGGCAAGCUGCAGGAUUUUGGGCCUUUGCUAUAUUUUGUUUGCUCGGAUAUUUUUUCGUACAUUUUGUUAUGUUUGAAACUAAAGGCAAGACUUUGACUGAGAUACAGAGGAUUUUGCAAAGAGAAAAUAGAUAGUUUCACCUUUGGUUUGUCUUUAUUAGUCUACCUCAUGACUUUUCUGCAGAAACUGUAUCUACUUUAAGUAAUAUUGUAAGCCUAUGUUAAACGACAAUCAUCUAAAAAAUCAGUCUAUUGGUCUUGAAUACCAAAGAUGAACUUGAAUGUCCAUAAGUCGAAGUAAUGUAUUCGGCACUUAGAUUGCUGGUGAGAAAGAUAUUGGCAAAUUGGCUUCAACGUCCACUUAUUGUAGAUAUCGCAUAUGAUAUUUACUUAGUUAUACGACAUAUAAAUAGUUAGUUUUAUUAUUUUUUUAUUUUUCUAAUAUUAAUUAAGUUUGAAAAAAUAAAAUAUUGUGCUAAUAUAUAGUGUCUUGAAAC